GACAGGUUUUACUUUUAGGCCUUUGUCCUAUUUUAUUUUAGGUUUAAUAAAAUAAUAAAACUGUUUCAGGAUUGAAAUAUUAAUAAUAUGAAAGAAACAUUUGUGACUCGAUAGUGUUUGAACUUUAAAUUAGUUUAAUGAGUUAGUUUAAUUUAGCGUAGAUUCUGCAAGGUUAGAUUGGAAUAAUAUAAUAUAUUUACCUUUUUAAAUCUUAUAAUUGUAUUGUAAUGUUUAGCGAUUGAAAAUGUGUCGCACUAAUUUAUUAUUACCUAGGCCUACAAAACGUCGAAAGUUAGUGCAUGUGAUCGUAAUUUGUUGGUGAAUCAGCUUUUUAAACUAAUUACUUGGGAACAAUACAACAAGAAAUAUCACAACUGUGAUUAACUUCCAACAAGAAAGGGACCUGUUUGAUGCUUCUGAAACUAAUGAUUUUAGAAGAAGAAAAUAAUGACAGACCUUGUAUGCUCAGAGACAAGCAAAGAAUUAAUUGAUGCAGAGUUAGGCCUUACAGAAGAUUAUUUUUCUCGUCCAGUGGAUCAUGUAACAGCAUCAGAACCUGAUGUACAUCUCGUAAUGGGGCACAAGUUUAUGCAGAGAAAGAUGGAAGGUACACAUGAAUAUUGUGACAAGUGUUGCAAUAUCAUUUUGGGUGUCAUGCAUAACUGGUAUUACUGUAAAAACUGCAGUUUUAAAUGUCACAACAAGUGUGUUAACUUCCUAACCAGGAUUUGUGCUUAUGUAAAGGUUGUAGAAAACCCUAGCUACAUUUUGGAUAUUUGUCCAGAAACAAGUCUUGCUACCCAAUGUUACAAAUGUGCAGAGUGUAAGCGCAGAAUUUUUAACAAGGAAGGAUACCAUCGUCCAAGAAAAUGUGAUUACAGUGGUUUUUACUACUGUUCGUAUUGCCACUGGAACAGCCAAAUGGUUAUUCCUUCUAGGAUUAUUCAUAACUGGGACUUUGAGCCUCGCACGGUCUGUCGAGCAUCACUUCAGUUUUUACGCAUUAUGAUGAAGAAGCCAGUUUUGCAGUUGGAACAGUUAAACCCCAUGCUGUUUUCUUUCGUUGAGGAGCUGAAUGAAGUUAAGAAACUAAGAGAAGAAAUUCUUCUGAUGAAACAAUACCUUGCAAGUUGUCAUGUGGCACAAGAAGAGCAACUACUACUGGAACCCAAAGAAAGGCAACACCUUGUUGAGAAUGCUGAUAUGUAUUCUCUUAGAGAUCUGAUUGACCUCAAGACUGGGGUUUUAAAAAAAUUCCUUAGGAAAAUUUACUCCAUGUUUUCUGUACACAUAACAAAAGAAUGUGAGGGCUGCAGAGGGAAAGGAUUUAUUUGUGAAUUGUGUAAAAAUGUUGAGGUGAUUUUUCCUUUUGAAGACCAAUCAAUAUCCUGUUUUCAGUGUUCUACUGUCUUCCACAAGGAGUGUUAUAUGAAGAGGAAAAACUGCUGUCCAAAGUGCAAGAGACGACAAAGGCAGAUAAUUCUUCAUCAAAAUUUAUAGUUUCUUCAAUUCAGAAUUUUAGUAUUAAGUGCUCUUAUAUGUAGACAGUGAAAACACCCCCAUUUAUGAUAUGUAAAUGGUGAUUCACAUAAACAAUUCAGUAACUCAACCUUUACUGAACAGUAUUAUUAGCUUACCUAAUAACGACUACUAGUGAAUUGUUGCCAAAUCCAACAUUUUUAACUUUUUCAUUUGAGGAUCUAUAUAAAUGGAAUACAUUUCAUAGAUUGAGUUUAAAUUGAUUCAUACAAACUUAGCAUGUGAUGCGAGUCAUAUUAGAUUUUGAAGUUGGAACUCGCACAUUAACUAAUUUCAGGUUUAGCAUAUGUCGUCUUAGUGUGGAAAUAGGAGGCUGGUGAAAAUAAUGAAUAUUUUAUUAUUAGCAUGUAAAAUGUAGGUAUCACACACUUUGUUAGAGUUUAUGUUGAAAACAAGAAACUGGAAUAUGCAUUUUUUUUCUAAUAUAUAUGUAUAUCAUUACUAUCCAGGAGCAUGGGCUGGCUGUAGUAGAGCUCUUGAUAUCAGAGCUGGGUUCGAAUCUGUUUAGUACCACAGAAUAUUCCCCACAUUUUAAGCAGUGGGUGCAUUAUAAGACUGAUAUUCAAUUCACUAUUGAGGGUGGUAGGGUGCUGCUGAUUGGCUGCCUUUCAUCUGGUCAGUAGUUCAAAACUGGGAUGGCAGCAAAUAGCCUUAAUAGCUUUGCUAUAGGUACAAAUACAGAUUAAUUCUCAAGACAAAUACCAUUAAGAUUAUGCAUAUUUUAUGUGGUGUUAUUAUUUAGAUAUGUUGUAUAGAACUAGAUAGAUUGGCCAAACAUAUAAUAUGUAAUUUGUCACAAAAAUAUAAGCCAAGGUUUCACCACAAACAAGAAUUUUCAAUUUGAUAAUUUUCUUUAAAUUAAUUGAAACUUCAUUCCAAACCACUUUUGCAAACAGACAUCAAUCUUGCUUAAAUAGUUUCAACAGUAAUUUGUGGAGUAAGUAGUGUUGUAAUUAAUUCUAUACUUUACUUGAAAUUACUCUUCACAAAAUGGCAUAUACUGAGAAAGGUACUAUAAACAGUACUUAAUGUUAAACAAAACUGCAUUAAAAUCCAAUAAUAGAUUUUAAAGUGAAUUUUUUUUUAAUUUGAUUAAAACUAUCAAUAAAUUAGUUUCUGGCAAACUUAUGAAGUAGGAGGUACAGCAGUUUUUGGUGAAAUGUGUCUUAUAAAAAAUACUAUAUUUUCUUUGUACAUUGAAAAAAAUGUAUAUUGGAACAUUUUUAUUACAUACCUGUGCAUUUAAGUUACAUCUAAAGGUAUGUACAAACAAAAAUUUCGUACCCUAAAACUGUACUCUGUGUAAUACAGUUUAUUCUCAUAACCUAAAUUUUAUUAGAUUUCUUGACCAGUUUUGCUCUCUACGACUCAUUACCUCUUCAAAGAAAUCUUAAAUGCUAUUUGUCCAAAUCUAUAUAUAGUAAGUUAUUAAAAUCAUUUCUAAAUCUUUAUGGUCUAAUCUGAUCAGAACUGGGCAUAAUGAAAAUAUGACAGUUCAGGAGUAUUGCUUUUAUCCAUACAUGAAUAUGUAAUAGGCUGAAAUAAAUUUUAAUAAUUUACUCCUGCUUUACCAUGUAUGUUCUUAUAUGAUAACAUGUUUCUAAUAUAAAUAUUUUGAACUGAUUUAAUUUAUGGAUUCAUUACAGAAAGUGUUACUGUAUCAUUACUCUUUCAUAGCAAUUGCAAUGAAGGCUUAACAUGAGAUAAGCUUAUUUUAUGCUUCUCUGUGUGUUGGCGUAUCAUUGUGGACCUUUCCUCUAAAAUGUUUUUUAAUUAUUUUGUUUGUUAAGGUUUAGACAGUCCUGGAUAUCAAACAUUUAUAUAUUAUAAAUAUUUAGUACAUUCAGAUUAGUAAAUAAACCUAUUUGUCCUUAGAACAAGAAGGACUGUAACUAAAAUCUCCAUUAAUCAAUGCCCAAGAACACAUUUUACUCAUUACUAGCAUAAUAAAGAUUUUUUUUAUGAUGAUAUUCACAAGUUUAUUUUUUUAGGAUUAAUUUGAACAGUUGAAUUAAAUGAUGUUAACCAGUAAAUUACAGCAUAAGUUAGAAAAAUGAACAAGGCUUAGGCAAAAGAAUAGUUUUCAUUGGGAAUUCCAAGGUGUGAAUUGUAAUUUGUAAGAGUGAUUAACUGUUUUUACAUGUAUUGAUCAAUAAUUUUCAGUGUACAAGAUGCACAAAGGAUACCAGCUGUACACUUUUUUUUUAUUAAUUGUAUAGGUAUUGUAUGAUUAUAUUUUGUGUAUCUGUGAAAAUUGUGUAAUCCAAUAGUUUGAACAAUUUUAACAUUAUUUAUUCCAUUGUUAUAUAGUACUUUUUAACAUUUGAACCAUGAUUAUAUUAAAAUAUUGUUAAACCUA